AUGGAAAAGAGAGUUCAAGUACUUCAGCUGGACUUGUUGGCAGAAUGGGCGAAUUACAGUCCAUAUGACUAUGCAUUUCCCCACAAACUAUUGGGUAUGGAAAAGGGAUCUGCAUCGAAGCACCAAUUUUCUGGCUUUCCAAGCCUAGGCUCUGGUGGAUAUUACAAUAAUAAUAUUGGUUUCAAGUCCCUCAAAGUUAUUCGUUUUCGACAUGUUGCUAUGACCGGGGAACUUGUCGAGUUCUUAUUGUCCAACUGUCCACUUCUUGAGCGAGUAUCUUUAACUAUAGCUCGAGAUUUAGUUAAUUUGAGAGUUGUUGGUCCCUCGAUCGCAUUGAAACAUUUGGAGAUAAAAUAUUGUCAACAACUCGAAAACAUUGAGAUUUCUAACGCAAACAUUGUCUCAUUUGUUUUUUGUGGAUUUUUGUUACCAUUGCAUAUCAAGAAUGUACUGCAGCUUGUUGAGGUAGCCAUUAACAAGUGGCAAAACUGA